CCUCUUCUACACCUUCCUCUUCGUCUCUGACUCCGACACCCUUGCCCAGUCCCCAAGCGGCGAAACCGCUUCCCCCUUCCCUGUCCUCUUCCUCCUCCGCACGAGAGGCCGACACCCGACAGCGACCAGGCGACAGGCGACGAUGAUGGCGUGUCGGCGGCUGGCGAGGGAGGCCGUCGCGGCCUCGGUCCGGCGGGGCGCCGGCCCCGCUCCCGUCGCCCCCGCGAGCGCCUUCUCCCCCUCAUCCUCCUCCGCUGCCUACUGCUCCUCUCGCGCUCCGGUCGCCGCCAGCCCUACAUGCCUCAACCUGCUCAAAGGAUUUGGGAUCAGCAGUGUACUAGGGAUGUCACUUCAUCAGGGAAAGGUUACUGCUGCCACAACAGAGCAACCAUCAAAAGCCAUUACUAUGCCACCCCCAGGAUCUUUGAUAAAUGAGCUUGGUUCCUUCUGGUCUUUGGUCAGGAAACUUCAGCUGCCAAUCGGAUUGAUGUUUCUGAUUGUGUCUGGUUGGCAGUACCCAUUAGGUCUCGUCAUCAAUAUCUUGCUUCUUAUCUACUGCUCGAGACCUAGCCGCUACUCAAUAUACUUGUUUCUUCAGGAGGUUCGUCAUAGGGAGAUGGGCCAAAGUGGUGCUAUGUGGAAGGAGGAGUUUGUGCGUACAAGAAAUGUUGACGUUCAAGAUUACAAGUUCUUCUCUAUUGGAACAAUUGAAUUACCAGAUGGAAGGGUGCUGCAUCUCAUUGGAAUGCUGGGAAGUUGGUGGAUCUACCGUGUGUCAUUUGUCUAGUGAAACGAGUGGGUGUAGAAUAUAUUUUAGUUCUGAAUAGCGAGUUAACCAGCUGACAGUGGAUGUUUUGAAUCAAUUCAAACUGACAGUAGGUAUUUAGGAAAUUGACAUUCUGAUAGGUGAACUAUAGAUGCAUUUGUUUUCUAUAAGCACUGAUAUCCAAUGCUAUAAAAAAGUAUUUGCAUGAAUAUAAUGGAAUGCAGUGCUAUUUCUCAUAGGA